CAAACACCACUCGAUAAUUUGUCAAUUUAUUGCACAUUAGUGAAAAGAAGCGUGGUGCGUAUAGAAGUGCCGGCCGCAAUUUGACUGUAAAUUCUCUAAUUUUUGUAAAAGUUAAUAAAAAACUAAACUUGCAAAGAUGCCAGAAGAAACAGAAACUUUUGCCUUCCAGGCUGAGAUUGCUCAGCUCAUGUCCCUGAUCAUCAACACGUUCUACUCGAACAAAGAAAUCUUCCUCCGAGAAUUGAUUUCCAACUCGUCCGAUGCUCUCGACAAGAUUCGCUAUGAAUCAUUGACUGAUCCCACAAAACUGGACAGCGGCAAGGAAUUGUACAUCAAAUUGAUUCCCAACAAGGCCGCUGGCACAUUGACCAUCAUCGAUACUGGUAUCGGUAUGACAAAAGCUGAUUUGGUCAACAACUUGGGUACAAUUGCCAAGUCUGGUACCAAGGCUUUCAUGGAAGCUCUCCAAGCUGGUGCCGAUAUUAGUAUGAUUGGUCAAUUUGGUGUCGGUUUCUAUUCGGCUUACCUUAUUGCCGACAGAGUAACUGUAACUUCCAAGCACAACGAUGACGAACAAUACGUUUGGGAGUCAUCUGCUGGUGGUUCAUUUACCGUCCGUCAGGAUAACACUGAACCCCUUGGACGCGGUACCAAGAUCGUCUUGCACGUGAAGGAAGAUCAGACCGAUUACUUGGAGGAGAGCAAGAUCAAGGAAAUCGUCACCAAACACUCGCAAUUUAUUGGUUAUCCUAUUAAAUUGUUGAUUGAGAAAACACGUGAUGAAGAAGUCAGCGAUGACGAAGCUGCCGAUGAGUCAGAAGAGAAGAAAGACGAAAAGAAAGAAGACGAACCCAAGUUGGAAGAUGUUGGUGAAGAUGAGGACGCUGACAAGGAUAAGAAAAAGAAGAAGAAGAUUCAAGUUAAGUACACUGAAGAUGAGGAAUUGAACAAGACCAAGCCCAUUUGGACAAGAAAUCCCGAUGAUAUUUCCCAGGAGGAAUACGGCGAGUUCUACAAAUCCUUGACCAACGAUUGGGAAGAUCAUUUAGCCGUCAAACAUUUCUCUGUUGAAGGUCAAUUGGAAUUCCGUGCUCUCCUCUUUGUACCCCGUCGCGUGCCCUUCGAUCUCUUCGACAACCAAAAGAAGAAGAACAACAUCAAAUUGUACGUUCGUCGUGUGUUCAUCAUGGACAACUGCGAGGAUCUCAUUCCAUCCUACUUGAACUUCAUGAAGGGUGUUGUCGAUUCCGAGGAUUUGCCAUUGAACAUUUCUCGUGAAAUGCUCCAACAAAACAAGGUUCUCAAAGUUAUCCGCAAGAACUUGGUCAAGAAAUGCAUGGAAUUGUUUGAAGAACUCACCGAAGACAAAGAGAACUACAAGAAAUUCUACGAACAAUUUAGCAAGAAUUUGAAAUUGGGCGUCCAUGAGGACAACAACAGCCGUGCUAAACUUUCUGAUUUGUUGCGUUACCAGACUUCAGCUUCAGGUGAAGAAGCUUGCUCAUUGGCCGACUAUGUUAGCCGCAUGAAGGAAAACCAGAAGCACAUCUACUUCAUCACUGGUGAAUCACAAGACCAAGUCAGCAACUCGGCAUUCGUUGAACGUGUUAAGAAACGUGGAUUUGAGGUUGUCUACAUGACUGAACCCAUCGAUGAGUAUGUCAUUCAACACUUGAAGGAAUACAAGGGCAAGCAGUUGGUGUCAGUAACCAAGGAAGGUUUGGAAUUGCCAGAAGAUGAGGAGGAAAAGAAGAAGCGCGAAGAAGACAAGGCCAAGUUUGAAAACCUGUGCAAGGUUAUGAAAUCAAUCUUGGACAACAAAGUCGAGAAGGUCGUCGUUUCCAACCGUCUUGUCGAAUCACCAUGCUGUAUUGUCACAUCGCAGUUUGGUUGGUCAGCCAAUAUGGAACGUAUCAUGAAGGCCCAAGCUUUGCGUGAUUCCUCCACCAUGGGAUACAUGGCUGGAAAGAAACAUUUGGAAAUCAAUCCAGAUCAUCCAAUUGUCGAUACACUCCGUCUUAAAGCUGAUGCCGAUAAAAACGACAAAGCUGUCAAGGAUUUGGUCAUCUUGCUUUUCGAGACAUCCCUGCUCUCAUCUGGUUUCUCAUUGGACAGCCCACAAGUUCAUGCUUCCAGAAUCUACCGCAUGAUCAAGCUGGGUCUUGGCAUUGACGACGAUGAGCCAAUGGCGACAGAAGAACCAACUGCUGCUGCAGGAGGUGACGCACCACCACUUGUUGAGGAUUCUGAAGAUGCUUCACACAUGGAGGAGGUCGAUUAAACACAAAAAAAAAAAAACUAUAAAAUAUUGUUCCAACCGAGCGCUUGCAGCACAAUAAUAGAUUCCAUUCACAUAUAUAAACUAAACAAAUAUAGGAUCAACAUUAACACAUACAAAAAACAAACUCAUUUUAGGAACCCCACCAUUAUGGCCAUGCUGCGUUAUAGUGGCAUCGAAGCCUCCACUGCAUUUUUUUGAAAACUUAGCAAUUAGGCUUUUUAAAGUUUUAAUUCUUCUUUUUUUAUUAUAAAUUGGUGUGAAAUAAAGUUUUAGGCUUUAUAGAAA